AGAAGUAAAAAUGAAAGAUAUUACUGAUCAGAAUGUAUGCAUGCAUAAACAGGUGUUUGAAAGAAGAUAUUCUAGAAAGCUUAUGUUAGCAGAUCACGUGAAGUUUUGACUGGGUCGGGCUGCUUGAGCUUGGCUUGAUUAAACUCUGCCGGCACAGAAGAAAGAUGAGAGAGAUGGUGAGUAGCUGAGUUUGAGCUUGACUAGCUUUAUUAAACUGGAAGCUUGACCAGGGUCUAUAACAUGCAAAUUCUAACCGGCCACAAACGCAUAACAUACGCUUCUUGAUGUGAACUUGCUCUUUGACAAAGGGUAACUUAACCAGUAAAGAGGAGAAACAUAUUCAACCAGAAAGCUACCUUCCAAAGUCUACAUGUUCACGUCCAACUGUCCAAGCAAAGCAGACAGACAACAUAGAAGGUAACGAAGCAAGGACAAAAAUGCCGGCUAGACACAAGGAUAAACUUUUGAGGACACUAUAUAUAUUACUCCAUUCUGGGUUCUAAUUUGCUGUGACAAAAAUGGGGCAACAUUUAAUCUUCCAACUGUUGCUAUUUCUGCUUCUGCUCAUGACAGUAUGUGUUUCUGCAAUGUACCCCAGGACAGCAAGGCUUGGCAUGGUCAGUAAAUCCAUGAAGAGCGCCUUGAAUGCUGAACUCUCUUCAGACUUCGUAACUUACUACUACAACCAGACACUCGAUCAUUUCAAUUAUAGGCCAGAAAGUUACACAAACUUCCAACAACGAUACCUUAUAAAUUCUGCAUACUGGGGUGGGGCAAAUUCUAGUUCUCCAAUCUUUGUUUAUACAGGUGAUGAGGGGAGUAUAACUGGAGCGGCAGCUUUUUCUGGAUUCAUGGUUGAUCUUGCUUCUCGGUUCAAAGGACUCCUGCUGUAUAUAGAGCAUCGAUAUUAUGGAGAUUCAGUUCCAUUUAGGUCCAAAGAUAUAGCAUUCAACAACACAAGUACCCUUGGAUACUUCAGCUCAACACAAGCUUUGGCAGACUAUGCAGAAUUGAUCACAAACCUUAAGAAAAACUUGUCUGCGGAAAAUUGCCCUGUUAUUGCCAUUGGUGGAUCUUAUGGCGGAAUGCUGGCAUCCUGGUUUCGUCUAAAAUAUCCACACGUAGUAAUUGGCGCUUUGGCAUCUUCUGCCCCCAUUCUCUACUUCGAUGACAUAACGCCACACAAUGGAUACGAUUCCAUUGUCACCAAGGAUUUUAGAGAAACCAGCGAGACCUGUUACACCACCAUAAAACAGUCUUGGUCUGAAAUUGAUGAAGUUGCAGCUCAACCAAACGGGCUUGCUAAUCUCAGCCAAAUUUUCAGGACAUGCGAGCCUUUGAACUCAUCGCAACAGCUGAAGUUAUACUUGGAAUAUACCUAUGAGGCUUCAGCUCAGUAUGACAAUCCGCCAGCUCAUUAUGUGAGUGAUAUAUGCAAUGCCAUAGAUGGGGCACCAGAAGGAACCAGCAUUCUUGGCAGAGUUGCAGAAGGUGUCAAUGCCAGUGCUGGACCCCCGUGUCAUAGUAUAUACGAUUUCCAACCAAGUAACAUGAGUGGGUGGUUGUGGCAGACAUGUACUGAGAUGGUGAUGCCAUUUGGACGCGGUGAAAACGACACAAUGUUCCAGGCCUCGCCUUUUGAUUUGAACAACUACACAAAGACCUGCCAAGACAUUUUUGGUGCUAGUGUUACUCCAAGACCUCAUUGGAUCACAACAGAAUUUGGUGGCCAUAAUAUAAAAUCUGUACUGGGAAAUUUUGCCAGCAACAUCAUAUUCUCCAAUGGACUCCGAGACCCUUACAGCAUAGGAGGGGUUCUACAAGAUAUAUCAGAGAGUGUUGUAGCUGUAUACACGCUCAAAGGCGCCCAUUGCUUGGAUUUAGGUACUCCAAUGCCCAGUGACCCUGACUGGUUGGUGGCGCAGCGAGACAAAGAGAUCAAAAUCGUGGCAUUAUGGUUAGCAGAAUACAACGCCAAGCGUCCUACUAGUUAAGACUCAAAGAAGAAUUGGCUAUGACUAUCUUCUUUAGCCGUUUCUUUGAGACGAGCUUAUAUAUGAAUAUGCACUUCGAGAAUAAGCAUGUACUAGAAAAUUUCUUUUAAUUGAGCUUGAUAUUUCCCAAACUUGAGAACUUGGACUUGAGCUUGGGUUGAUUGAUCAAUGAACAGUUUAGACGGGCUUAAUUAUUUAGCUCCGACAUC